AUGGCGUCACGCAGUCAGUCGUCCACACAACCCGCAACAAGUUUUACUCCUCAGCCUCGGCCAGCGGUAGGAACUUGGGAGAAGUUGUCCCAGGUCGCUGUCAAGGGUGCUGAAUUUGCCUCCCCGGAACGUCAGCCCCACCCAAAAUGUUUGGAAGGGACCCGGGUGAACAUUCUCAACUACAUCUACCAGCUAUUGGACGGGCGAGAGAUGAAUCAAGUCAUUUGGCUGCAUGGCACGGCGGGCAUUGGAAAGUCUGCUGUUGCAUUCACUGUAGCUGAAAGGAUGAGAAGUCUAAAAGUCACAGAGCUGGCAAAUGUCGAGAAGCGGCUGGCUGGAACAUUUUUUUUCUCGCGCCAGCACGCGAGUCGCUCCACGACUGGUUAUUUCUUUACGACGCUUGCUUACCAACUUGGGAGCAAUUUUCCUAGUGUCCGCGAUGAAGUGAAUAGAGCAAUCCAGGAGAAUCCUGCCCUUCUAGACCCCAACAAAUCUCUUCACUCCCAAAUGGAGGCCCUCUUUCUCCGACCUCUUCGGCACCUUCGUCUAAGGCUGCGCGACGGUCUGCCUUUGGUGUUUGUCGUCGAUGCCCUUGAAUGCUUAUCCAAAGCCGCACUUGUUGAUCUCAUCUCCCUGAUCGGCGAAGCUCUUCGUCAACCUGAUCUGCCCGUGACCCAUAUGCUGGUCACGACUCGCACAGAAUCGCAUAUCUACAACGCCUUUCAGACAGAAGAGGUGCGUCCGCUGGUGUACGAAAUACCAGUGCACACUUCGGAGGAGGGCAUUGCGACCAUCAUCUCGUUGGACGGCGCAGAUGUUGACAAUGAUAUAUAUAUCUUCUUGCAGCAUUCCUUCAGAAAGCUGCAAAGCCGCCAUCACGAUUUCCUGCAGCCAUCGAGGGAUGAACUUGUGCGGCUUGCGACGAGGGCGGGCAGACGUUUCAUUGUGGCGUCCAUGAUGCUGCAGUUUCUCGAGGAUGGCUACGGUGAUAUCCGCUGUAGGCUUCAGCUCAUUCUCGAGCUAACAAGCGAACAGCUGCCAGUCACGGAGGUGUACAAAUUCUACGAUCGUAUCCUCUCUACAUGUGCCGAUCCCUGGCUCGCGUACCUGCACUUGUCCAUCGUUGCUGCACUUGCCGAGCCUCUUCCAAUAUCACAAAUUUCGGAACUUCUGGGCCCUGAUCAGGGCAAGGAUGUAGAGACAUCACUGCUGCAGCUACGGUCUUUCGUGGAUAUUCCUUUCGACAGCAGGCUCCCUGUGAAUAUCUAUCAUUCGUCCAUUCGUGACUAUGUUUCCGACCCAUCGAACUGCGGCCUCCUUGGAGUUGUAGCACGUGUCACCACCCCAGCUCACUCCCUACUGGCUCAUUCCUGUUUCAACUUGAUG